AGCAGUUCCAGUGAGCAGACCGCUUGAAUCGUGGCAUCGUUUGCACACCAUACUAAUACACGAUCCAAAAAUACAGCCAUGUCUUUUGUCAUCCGUAAAAUCAUAUCAAGCAGCAAGUGUCCCCGGCCAUUGGCUCCCUAUAGCCAAGCUGUUGUCGCAGAUCGUACCGUGUACUGUUCCGGUGUCAUUGGAAUAGAUUUAAAUGAACCGAAGCUCGUUGCCGGAGGUGCUUCAGCCCAAGCUGCCAAAGCACUGGAACAUCUGGCCAAUCUACUCAACGAUGCCGGCUCCGGCAUUGAUAAGGUGGUUAAGACAACCGUCCUGCUAGCUGAUAUGAACGAUUACGCGGCAGUAAACGAUGAGUAUAAACGAUUUUUUGGCAAUAAUUUUCCGGCAAGAACAUGCUAUGCAGUCUCACAACUGCCCCUCGGCGCUGCUGUAGAGAUCGAAGCUAUUGGAAUUGUGGGAGACGUUAAACAUGAGACCAGCUGAUGGGCAGGUGAUUAUAUAUAUAUUUUUAUUAGAACUCCAUG